GGGGCGGGGCAUCCCGGUUUGGUUUCCCGGGUGACGGCGGCAGGCUGGUGGCGCGCGGUGGUCGACGGUCGUGGAGGCAUGGGGGCGCCUUCGGGCCUGCAGGCCGACUGCGAGGCGCUGCUCAGCCGCUUCCAGGAGCUGGACAGCGUUCGCUUCGAGGAUUUCUCGCAGCUCUGGAGAAGCAUGAAGUUCGGGACCAUCUUCUGUGGCAAAAUGAGAAAUUUAGAAAAGAACACAUUUACAAAAGAAGCUUUAGCUUUGGCUUGGCGAUAUUUUUUACCUCCAUACACCUUCCAGAUCAGAGUUGGUGCUUUGUAUCUACUUUAUGGACUGUAUAAUACCCAGCUGUGUCAACCAAAACAAAAGGUCAGAAUUGCCUUAAAGGAUUGGGAUGAAGUUUUGAAAUUUCAGCAAGAUUUGAUAAAUGCACAGCAUUUUGAUGCAGUUUAUGUCUUUAGGAAGCUGCGACUAGACAGAGCUUUCCACUUUACAGCAAUGCCUAAAUUGCUUUCAUAUAGAAUGAAGAAAAAAAUUCAACGAGCUGAAGUUACAGAAGAAUUUAAAGACCCAAAUGAUCGUGUAAUGAAACUUAUCACAUCUGAUGUGUUAGAGGAAAUGCUGAAUGUUCAUGAUCAUUAUCAGAACAUGAAACAUGUGAUUUCAGCUGAUAAGUCCAAGCCAGACCAAGCCCUCAGCUUGAUCAAGGAUGAUUUCUUUGAUAAUAUUAAGAACAUCAUUCUGGAGCAUCAGCAGUGGCACAAAGACAGGAAGAAUCCAUCCUUAAAAUCAAAGCUUAAAGAUGGAGAAGAAAAGAAAGAAGGCAAUUUCCAAGAACCAGAGAGAUGUGAAAGGGCAGAAACAUUAGCAAAAAUAAAAUCAAGAGCUUUUUCAGUUGUUGCUCAGGCAUCGAAGUCAAGAAGGCAUCGUCAAGUCAAGCUUGACUCCUCUGACUCUGAUUCUGCUGGACAAGGGCAAAGUGAAGCAAGUAAGAAAAAAAAGACCAAAGAAACAUCAAAGUCAGCAGGAAGGAAGUUAUCUUCCCGUAGCAAAGGUAAUGUACAGAAUACACUUAAGGAAGGAAAGUCUUUACAUCUGAGUAUGCCCGUAAUUACAGAAGAGGAAGAGGAGACCGACAGUUUCAGCGAGACAGGGUUCACUGCACUGAAGAGGAAAAGAAAGCGUUGAACCAGGAGCCUGGUACAGAGUUUCACAUUUUGAGCUGACUGAAGAAAAGAUUUGUGUUUUGUGUAUCAAACAGGAAGACUGUCGGUAUUACAAAUAAUUUUCUGGGGAAGUAAAAGUUAUUUCUUUGAAAUGGGAAUAGCUUUUUAACAAAUAGCUUUUUAACAAAUUUUCUUUUACAAAAUAUACUUAAAUGAAGGUAAAGUUUGCUUUUAGAAUGUGAUAUCUAGAAAGGAUCCUAUUUAUUCCACAUCAUUACUGUAUUUUAAAACCUUUAUGACAUGAUCUGGAUAUAGUACUGGUAAUAUUAACUAGUCUAUAUUAUUUAAAGUCUUUUCUUGAAAUAUAUAAAACGCUUUUGUGUUUAUAAUUUUGUAAUAAAUUUGUAUAUUAUGCACAUUUACUAUUUUGUGUAUUAUAUGGUUUUGUGUAAUAAAAUUUUGCCUUACCUCA